AUGUUAGAUUUUAUAAAUCAAACCGAGUCCAGAUUUCUUCUGGAUUCUAUCCAUGAAACUCACAUGGAAAAGUCUAAAAUAAUUAGAAUCUUUAAAAUAAUUAAGAUCAAAAAUAUAUUAAGAAUAAAUAAAUUAACUAAUUUGUUAAUUUUCUGCUUACUAAUUUGUUUAUCAAGGACUGGAAAUUGUUAUGCUAUUGAAACUAGAAAAGAUGCUGGUUCAGAUUUUGGUCCAUUUUUAGAAACACCAAAUUUUCUUGAAACUCCACCAAAAAUUAUUGAAGAUUCAGUAAUGGAAGAAAUUGAUGCUCUUGAUGAUUAUAAUUCCAAAAAUGAAAAUGAAUUAACAAAUAGUUUUAGUAAAUUUUUCAAUCGAUCAAAAUUUGAUCUAAAAAAAUUUGAUAAAUUUGAUAAUUUGGAUAAAAAUUUUGAUAAAUUUGAUGCUCUUGAUAAUUUUGAUGAUUCUGAUGAUUCUGAUAAAUUUGAUGAUUCAUUUGAUAUACCAUAUAAACACUCAUUUGACACAGUUCAAACACUUAAUACUCUUAAAAAAACAGAUAAUCUCACAUGUGGUACAGAUCCAUUUGAACAUGAUCCUGAUUUAAAAUACUUUAAAAAUCCUAAAAAUAUAUCAAACGCUGAAAAUACAUCCACUACGAAUAAAUUAUCCAAUGACAAUUCAUUAGAUACUGUGGAUACUAAGGACACUAAUACUAAUGAAACCCCUUUCAGGGGUAGUACUGAUGAUAGUGUUGAUGGAAUGGGUACAGUAGAAAUGGAAGAUGAAUUGAAUAGUGAAGAAGCACCAAAAGUAUGUCCAUUUGGAUUUACAAGUGGAAAUAAACGUAAAACUAAAACUGAAACUACAAAAGAUUCAACUGACACUAAUAAAUCGGAUGACAUGAAAUCUGAUGAACUAAAAACGGAUAAAGAAAAUUUGUACUUGGAAGAGAAACAAUUUGAAGAAAAGAUAUUAUAUUUGAUGAGUUCAAUGAAGAAAUUGAAGAAAGAAAUCUUGGGAAAGAAUGCGGAAUUGGAUGACCUUUUUAUGCAAGUGGAACAUUUGAGAGUAAGUUUGGGCAAAUUUGAUAGUGCAUUUUACCGAACAUUAUUUAGUGAUUUGGAAACAUUAUCAAGAGAUUUAAAUUUGCUAAGAAAGGGAAACAUAUAUUACACAGGAGAUAAUUAUAAUAUAUUAAAUAAUAUUACAGUAAUGGAUGCUCUGAGAGCUUUGUUCGUGAUAUAUCGCACACCAUUUGUACUCUUGAGACAUAACUUCCCAUUAUAUAACAAGUGUGAAGUUUUUAUAUACAAUUUUCUAAGGUACAAAUUACCGAAAUUUCUCUACACAGUUUAUAGUAGAGUAAAUAAUGGUAUGAAGAAAGGUACUAACUAUUUAUACUCAAAUAGUGUCAAGUACAUGAGGAAUACAUUUAUAUACCACAGUGUUAAUAAAAAGACAAUAAAUAUAUAUGAUGUUCUAUUGACAGAUUAUUUAAGGGAUAAAAUGUCUGUAGAUGUGGAUAAAGUAAAUUAUUCAGGAAAUGCAUUUAUUAAUAAGUUGAUAAAUAUGCUUAUAAAAUUAAAGAUAGUGAAACAUUACAAGUAUAUAAGGUAUGGAGUAUUUAAGAAUAGUGUAAUUUCAAUGGUCUUUUUGAAUAGGAAAUAUAUAUUAGAUGGUUACGUAGUGGGUAGUAACCCGGACUUCUUCUAUAUAAAACUUAAGGAUCAUAAGACACUAGAAGUUCUCUAUUACAUUUAUAAACUCAAAGUUAUGUGUUUCCUAGAAAAAUUGGCAUUAUUUUUCUUGAGAUAUUUUUCUAUGAUUUGUAAUUUGUUCUUACAAGAUCCAGAAAAAUUAUAUAACAAUUAUACAAGACCAUUAUUCAACUUUGAAAGUAUCCCAUUAUUUAACUUUCAAACCAUGAAGAUUAAGAAUUUGUAUUUUUUUCUUAGAGGAGUAUCAAUAUUGGCACUUCAGAAAGUGGAUGUGUUUAUGGAUUAUUGUUUUAAUUAUGCUAACAAAGUUAAUCCAGAAUUAUCUAUCUUAGUACCAAAGGAUUUGUUAAAUCGUAUUUUCUUUAUUUCUGUAAUUAUACUCUUGACUGUGAUUAUGGUGUUUCUAAUUCAAUUGGCAUUUCACAUUUUGACAUCAAUUGUCUCAACAUUGACUGGGAAUAAUAAUAGUAAAACUACAAUAAGUUCUAGAUUGAGACAUUGGUAUCAUAAAUCAUUCUUGAGACAUUUUUUCCAAUUGAUGAAAAAGAGUCUAAGUCAUGGAAAAUCACAUAAAAGGAAACAUAGAUACCAUCGCAAUUUCGAAACCUUUCAUAGAAUCAUCGAUGAUGGAAAUAGUGACUUAAUACUAUUAAUUAUUACUAAUACCAUUAGUAUGGUGAUUGGUAAUAUGGAUAUUACUUAUCCCAAGAAGGAUAAGGCUAUUGAUAUUCCUAAGGAUACUGUUAAAAUUAAAACUGGUACCGUUAAUGCUGAUGGUAACUGUACUGAGACUGCUAAGGAGAUUAAGGGUGAUGCCACUAUUACUCCUGCUACUCAGACUGAGGGUCCUAAACUUACUAUUAAAGAUAUUACUGGUGCUGAUGCUCUUGCUACCAUUGCUGGUACUCCGUGUAAUGUUAGUGUGGAUACUGAGAAGAAAACUCUUACUAUUAACUAUACUCAGGGUACUGGUAAGAAGUGUAUUGAAAUUGAAAUUACUGGUAUUAAUACUAAAAAAACUGGUACUGCUAGUGCUACUACUGUUCAAUAUGGUCAUAUAUUUACUGAAACUUUUGAUACGAGUAAAGUUCAUUGGCCAGAGAUAAUCUCUCCUACACUUAUGGUUAUUGUAGGUAUGAUACUUCUAGUUAUUACAAUAUUCCCGCCGGUGAUUGUAGCCGCACUAAGGAAGACUGCCCCCCUACUUGGUAAUUGGAGUCAUUAUCAGUCACCAAUGUGCAAAUGGGGAGCUGAUGAAAAAGACCAACAAGAUAAGUGGACCAACACUGGCGAGACAUGGACUAGUGGUGAUACUACUGGCAGUCAGGAUGCUUCCUUCUGGCAUGGAUUUGAUCUUCUUAUAGUCCUUAAGAUAUUACUAGCCUCAGCAGUGCUGUGGUCCAAGGCUUAUUGGGAAGGUGAUAAGGCUAAGGAUGGAUACCCACCAUCUGAUCCUAAUCAAAGAGAAUGUAAAAAACUCAACGUGGCCGCUACUACUUCUGGUUCUGGUACUGAACUGACAUACACUAUUGGACAAAACUUUGCUGAAAACCAUGCCAAAGAUAAUUGUGGUUUUAAGAAUUCUCCUACUUACUAUGCUCACUUGGUACCUCCAAGUCUUAUGGUCCUUGUUGGUAUGGAACUUCCACUUCCAAACAUUACCAUAGUAACAACAGUUAUCAGUGGAGUGUUUAUCAUGGAACUCCUCAGGAUCGUACUGGACAGCUGCAAGACUAACAUUGGAGAUAGUAGAACUACUAGCACCGAGGGUGAGUCUACCACUCCCUUUGAGACCACCUUCGAGAGUAACAUUAACGGUGCCGGAGAGUGUGAGAGGUUGAGUAGAAGGAUUUCCAUUCUUGGUGAUUUCAAUUUUACCUUCUGCCACUAUCUUGGUACCACUAGCGAGGGUUCCAGUGAGUUUUAUGGUGUCAUCGUUGUUGAGGGGGGUGCUGGUCUUGAUAGGGCUCCCAUUUCUGGUAAGAGUCAUUUGAUUGCUAUUGAAUCUUCCACUAAGAGUUAG